GCAACUCGCAGUUUUAUCCAAAUUACGGUCGAAGUUGGAUGACAUUGGAUUUGCAGUGAUGACAAAAUGAUAGCGGCAUUAGGAUUUAAAAUUAGUUUUAUCGCAACAGUGAGUUUAUUAUUGUGCGUACACUGUAAACAACAAUAUGGUUCGCCUGGAGGUACACUUUACGUGGCAGAUGUGCAUGAUUCCCAGAAGAUAACUGUAAUAAAUAGAUCCACCGAUGAGAAAGAUAUAUCUUUGGAAAGAACGAAACGCGAUGCCACGAUACCACCGCCAACGCUGGAGAAAACUGCUGACCGAAGUAUUAGUACAUGGACUACUCACCUAAAUGAUAGCCACCAGCAAUUAAUGGUUCACUGGGUUGGUGAAGGCUCCAAUGUAAUUAUUUGCCUGGCAAGAGACUCCAGUACAAGAAACAAAGGAUCCACCUCAUCAUCCGCUCUUUACAUUUCCUAUGAUUAUGGAAAGAAUUUCACAAACAAAACAGAGAGCUUCAGGCUUGGAGAUGACGCCAACAGUGGUUAUGCUCAGCUGGACAAAUUCUUCAAUCAUGCCAAAUAUCCAGAAUUUUGCGUAUUUGUGGACUCGACGAAUAACAAGCUUUAUUAUACGCAAGAUAACGGAAUCACCAUACAUAGAUCGGACCUCAGCUUCCACCCUAGCGAGCUGGCAUUUGACGAAGAAGUUCCCAACAGAUAUGUUAUCUUGGAUAAAGUAGAUUCAUCGAGAAAUCUGUACAUGACCUUGGAUGGCGGGAAAACCUUCAAGUUGAUACAAAGCUACGUGAAAACGUUCCUAUGGUCUUCAGCUCCGGGCUAUUCCAAAAUGUUCUACGUGGAGAGAUGGAAGCCAGGUGGAAACAGCACGGUUCUCAGUGUUAACGACCCGGCCAAUAUCAUGGUGAACGCCCACGAACUGUUCGCGGACGCUAAGGACUUCCAGAUCAAAGGAGAUUUCAUGUUCGCCACCAAGCAGUCGAAAGAGAAAAACUCUCUGGAUCUCUACAUCUCUCACCAACGAGGCCCUUUCUUCAAAGCCGAAUUCCAGACUGAGUUGGACCUAAACAAAUUCCACAUCGCAGAUGUGACUGACAAACGUAUAUUUGUCUCUGUCAUGCACACCGAAAACUUGGCUAACUUGUACGUGUCGGAAAUAAGCAGGAACUUCACACAGUACAACUUCGUGUUGAGUCUGGAACAAGUGCUUUGCUAUUUCCCUGAUGGUAACUGGAAGGACAGUUGGUUGGAAGACGUAACAGAAGAUCCAUUCACGGACCUAUACCGCGUCGAAGGACUAAAAGGCAUAUACAUAGCGUCUAAAGUGAACCACAAGUCACAAGUUUCUAACAUAGAACCGGAACAUUUGGUAUCGCUGAUUACAUUCGACCAUGGAGUCACAUGGUCCCCGAUAAACCCACCAGUGGAGGAUGAAAACGGAAAUCCACUUACUUGUCACAUAGAUAAUUCUUGCAGUCUACACUUGUGCCAGAAAUUCAGUCAGCUGUAUCCAGUUACGAGUCAACCUGGAAAUGUCACAGACAGUGAGCCGAGAUCGGCUAGCAUAAUGAGUUCUAAGUCAGCGCCAGGUAUAAUAAUGGCCACAGGAGUGCUGGGCAAAUCGCUAAAAGGUAUCCCUGGGGUUUAUAUAAGCAGAGACGCCGGUCUGAGUUGGAGGCGGAUAUUGAAGGAUUACUACUUCUUCAACUACGGCGAUCACGGCGGGGUUUUAGUGGCUGUAAAAUAUUUUAAAUCCAGGGGAGAAACCAGAAGGAUAUUGUAUUCUACUAAUGAAGGCAUCGAAUGGAACUCUUAUCAGUUCAACGCCGAUGACCUGCGGAUAUAUGGACUAAUGACCGAACCGGGCGAAAAUACAACAACUUUCACUAUGUUUGGCUCUGCCAACGAACAACAUCAAUGGAUAAUAAUUACAAUCGAUCUAUUAAACGCGUUCCCCCGCAAUUGUACGCAGGAUGAUUACAAAUUUUGGUCUCCUACGCCGCCUAACACGGCAGUAUCCUGUGUACUCGGCAAACGUGAUACCUUCGAAAGACGAUUGGCUCAUACAAACUGUCACAACGGCGUUGGCUACGAAAGACCGGUCAAAAAAGAAUUGUGCGAAUGCAGUAGGCGUGAUUACGAAUGUGAUUAUGGAUUUGUACUUUCCCAUAAAGUUUGUAUCCGUAAUCAAAGCUUAAGCUAUGACCCAUACGCUACACCCUCGGACUGUCGUCCAGGACAUUUCUACCAAAGAACAAAAGGUUACAGAAAAAUUGACGGGGAUGUAUGCACUACAUCGUAUUACAUUGCCUACGAACCUGAUCUCGUACCUUGUCCCCUAGAAGAACCUACUGAAUUUAUUCUGGUUGCUCUAAGAGACAGAAUCGCGCGUAUCGAUUUAUCGGAUAAUUCAACCUUGAUACCGGUUCGAGGCCAACAAAAUAUAGUAGCGAUAGAAUUUGAUAUGAAGAAUAACUGCAUUUAUUGGGCCGAUAUUGAAGUUGACAAAAUCAUUCGACAGUGUUUCGAUAACGGAAACGCACAAGAGACCGUUGUCGAUACAGAGCUAUCUAGUAUAGAAGGUAUGGCUCUUGAUUGGAUUUCGAAUGUACUUUUCUUUGUUGACGGUCUCAGAAAGAAAAUAGAAGCUGUAAGGACUGAUCUCUCUAGCCGGGGUAGAAUGAGAGCUACGAUUUUGGACUCUAAAGUUCUUUCGAAGCCUCGUGGUAUUGCCGUACAUCCUAGAGCAGGAUAUCUAUUUUGGACUGACUGGGACCGAAAUAGCCCUUCUGUUUCAAGGUCUAACUUGGACGGAAAAGACGUCAAAAAGCUGUUCACAAAUUCAAUUGUCAAAUGGCCUAACGGUAUAACCAUCGAUCAAAUGGCAGACAGGAUAUACUGGGUUGAUGCUAUGGAAGAUUACAUAGCCAGUGCAGAUCUGAAUGGUCAAUAUUUUAGAAGGAUCCUUUGGAACGAUGAUAAAGUGACGCAUCCGUUUGCCGUUGCGGUUUUAAAGAAUAAGAUGUACUGGGACGAUUGGAAGGCAAAGUCCAUAUUCACAGCUGAUAAGGACACUGGGGCUAAUAUUGUUACGAUCAAUGACUCUUUGUCUGGAUUGAUGGACUUGAAAGUGUUCGCUUAUUUCAUGCAACACGGCAGCAAUGCUUGCUCUUACAAGAAUACAAGUUGUGAUACACUCUGCUUGGGCGGUCCGGGUAACAGUUUUAGCUGCUUAUGUCCGGAUGGGUUCAAGAAAGUUAACGGGAAGUGCAUGUGCCCUAGCGGUUUAGAGCCGGCCCCGAACAUGACUUGUUCUAAACAAGAUGGUUCCUGUAGUCCGGACGAAUUCACCUGUAAGAACGGCGUAUGUAUUACAAACACUUGGCGCUGCGAUGGUAACGACGACUGCGGCGAUAAUUCCGACGAGGCCAGUUGCACGUGCGCGCCGCAUAUGAUUGCGUGCGAAGACUUGCACUGUUACUUACCGCACUGGAGAUGUGACGGCGACACAGACUGUCUGGACAUGAGCGACGAGAAAGAUUGUGCGAAGCAAAAUUGUUCAGAGAGUCAAUUCACUUGUGCUAAUGGGAACUGUAUCGAAAAGAGAUGGAUGUGCGAUGGAGAUAACGAUUGCAAGGAUGGGUCUGACGAACAAAACUGCACGGAAACUUUACCAAAGCGACCGGACGAAGCAAGCUGCGUAUCAGGCAACGUGUUCGUAUGUGGUAACAAAACCAACGGUUUCUGCAUACCGAACGCGUGGGUGUGCGACGGAGAGAAAGAUUGCCCCGGCGCAGAGGACGAGAGAGAAGACAGAUGCCAGAAUUAUACGUGCGCGCCCUAUAUGUACCGAUGCCCCAGCGGAAAGUGUAUUUAUAUGUCUUGGGUGUGUGACGGUGAGAAUGACUGCGGUGAAGCCGAGGCGUCUGACGAGAAGGAUUGCGCGCCUAGAACUCACACUAAACUACUUCCACGGCCGGAUAAGCUAGAAUUCCCCAACAACGGUAGCUGCGCAGACUGGAUGUUCAUAUGUGACAAUGGCAACUGCUUGCCGUACUGGUGGCGGUGCGACGGCGUCAACGACUGCGAGGACAAUUCCGACGAAGUCGCCUGCGGUUUGGUUUAUCAUGACAAAACGGCUGUCAGUCCCGAGCACGACGCGGCCAGGCAAAAGUGCGGCAAGAGCCAGUUCACAUGCUCCCCUGGUAUAUGCAUCCCUCUAUCAUGGGUGUGCGACUCCACAAACGAUUGCUCGGACGGCGCAGACGAGCGUAGUUGCACGCGAACAAUGCCUGUCGUGCCGCGGUGCAAUGCGGACAGUACGCCGUGUGCGGAUGGAUUUACGUGCAUUCGUGACAACCAGCUGUGUGACGGCGUGAUAGAUUGCGCUGAUCACAGCGAUGAGCAGCAUUGCGCUAAUAAACACAAAACGGCGGUGGUUUGCCCGUCACGCUAUUUCCAAUGCGAUGACGGAACUCGCUGUCUAUGGCAAGUGAUGGUGUGCAAUGGCCACCAGGAUUGCUACGACGGCAGCGACGAGGCCAACUGUACCUCUGAAGCAAGCGAAGAACACCUUUACCAGUUCCUAAGCAUUGGAGUCGACCAGUCGUCCAUCAACUCGACAAGCUUCCUCAUAUCAUGUUGGAUGGCGCAACAGAAGAUGGUCCUGUACACGUUCCUACCUUCCAUAGCCAAGGUCAGCGAUGGAGUUUGGAAGAACAUGACUUGGACUACCGACAGUGUUUACAGAUUCACGGAUUUGGAGCCAUACACUAAUUACAACGUUACGGUUUACAUUCAAGACAGCAAAUCUAAUAAGACCUAUGCAUCUAUGAAGUACGUCAACACAACCACCGGGGAAGGAGUUCCUUCGCCGCCACGCCGUCUCACCGUACGCCAAAUGGUAGGCAGUCGAGUGAAUUUGAUAUGGGACCCACCAAGCGAUCCGCGCGGAAUCAUUCAACACUACACAGUACAUUAUGUGCCGCCACUACCGCCAAUGGAAAAGAUCGUACCCGCUGCCGACAACAACGUGUCUGUGUCAUUCGUCAUAGUUGGAUACUUCAAGCCUAACAAGAACUACUCCUUCUGGGUAACCGCCACAAACAACGGGUUUACGUCGGAGUCAACCGCCAUUAUGAAUUUAACAUUCGACGAAGGCGGCGAUGUUGACGACAUAGUCAACGCGAGCAUGUCGCGUCUCUCUCCCACCUCUGUGUCGCUGAAGUGGAACAAGCUGAGAGGGGUAGAGGGUUACCUUGUGGAGACGAGGUUGCCGCGCCAGUAUCCGCAACCGCCCGUCAUCAAUACUACAGAUAACAGAGUCAUUGUGCGAUCCCUUCCCAAAAACGUACAAAUAUACAUCGACAUCAAGGCCUACAAGAACGGGAUAAUCGGGCAACCAUUCACGAUACCCAUUGUAACGGAAGGAAUUUCCGAAGAGCCAAUUCACCUAAACGCUGAACAUGUCAAAGAGAAUCGAUCUUCAGUGAGGUUGUCGUGGAGCACGCCAUCCGUAGAUCAGAAUAAGGAUAAAGAGCUGCAAUAUGAAGUACAUUAUUUACUUUUUAAGGAUUUAAGACAGCACACUGGACAUUUGGAAAACGAUACAGAGGUCCUGACAAAGAAUACCAGUAUAGUGAUCGAGGGUCUACAACUUUGUGAGACUUACGUUUUCUCCGUUGGGUUGGUCGGAGCCGGGCAGCUGUCUGUAUUUAAGGAGUUCAUUACGAAAGAGGAUCCUAAAGCUGCCAUAAGGGACCUGCGCUUCGUUUUCGACGAAAAGAAGUCUGAACUUCAGAUAUUGUGGAAAGCAAACUGUGAUGUCAUUACUCAACCAAUUUCAUACAGAUUGGAUAUAACAGAGCUCACGAACGAAAGAGUAAGCCGCUAUGAACUGAAGGCGACUGAGAAGGUUGCUUUAUCGCACGUUAUAGAGAAUGUACCAUUGGGUGGGCGAUACAACGUCUGCAUACACACAUCAGAGCAAGGUUCAGCAGAGAAGUGCGGUUUCGUCCGUAGCGGGGAAGUCGACUCACCCCACGCGGUUGUUGCUUGGUUAUCUCCCAAUGGACACCUCAUGGUCAGCUGGCAGCAUCCCGAAGACAAUCACACCGAUCCCAAACACAAAUACCAAAUAAUAGUCUCAGACAAGGAGAUACCAGAAGAUCUUCUGCAUCCGACUGACGACAUGAAAACAGCCCUCGCUGACUUCUCGCCUCUUCUGAUGACGGCUAACAGCGUUCCGAACGGCCCGUUGUUCGUGAGCGUUCGGGCUAUUUCGAAGGACGGAUACUACAGCGACUUGAGUGAAGUGCGCACGUUGACUAUGGAAGGUGCGGAAGCCUUUGAGUCUGAUAGCACAGCGUCCGGCUUGGGUGCGGUGUGGUGGGGAGCGGGUGCGGCGUGCGUAGCAGCCAUUGUUCUGGGCGGGGCGUUACUUCAUAUGGCUCUACGACAUCGACGACUCGCGCGAUCUCUGCUACGCCUUGCUGCAACGCCGCGCUACGACAGCCGACGCGGGCAGGCGACCAUAGACCACGAUGACGACGAUGUGCCCCCAAUCUCCGGGUUCUCGGACGACGAGCCUCUGGUGAUAGCGUAAGCUGCAUUGUGAUACCGUGAUCUUGUCAAUGUCGGAGUCCGUAGCUGGGAUGUUCGAAAAAGUUUUUACUAAUACAUUUUUAGAGGUACAUAUAAUUGUUGACGCAAAUUUUUAGUUUUUAGACUAGAAAGCUAAUUUGUUAAAAGUGUGGUUGUUUUUCAUUAAAACUAUUCUUGAAUUUUUUUUCACACUGAUUUAAGUAAAUUUUUGUUUUUAUACUUGCAAAAAAUAGUCUUGCCAAAUGUUCAAGAUAUAUUUGAUUAAUUUUUUCUUUGUUAAUGUUUUUAAUUAAAUAAGGAAAAAUUCGGUAAUUUCAUUUAAAUUCAAUAUUAUUGUUUUUGAUUUUGGAAUUUAAAUUGUGUUUCUAUAUACGGGUUCAUAAUCCACUUUGUAAUUAAAAAUUUGGGAUAUCUUAGCUACGGCAUUGGUCUCAUAGUAUUUCAUAUUUAUUAUCUGUAUUACGUGUUAUGUACAAGGUAAUCUUUUUAUGCAUUUGCCAGUUAACGUUUAUUAAAAUUAUAGUGAUUGUCUAUGUCUUUAGUAGUAAAAUAAAAUAAUAUUUAUCUAUGGCGACAGUGAAAUAAAAGUUGUGUUAGGUUGUAUUGUAAAUUCUUUAAGGACUGUUGCCCGUGUAUAAACUUGAUUAAAUAUUCAUCGUAACAAUAAAUAAUUAUAACGUUUGAUACUAUGUUAUAAAUCAACACGAUCCAAUAUUGUUUAAUGCUCAGAGUAUUAAUUAUUUUAUUAUGUACUUUUUUUAUUUUAGCUUUAAAACUGGGUAAUAAUAAUGGCGGUAGCUUUGAAAUUUGUUAAAAGUUAUAAACAAAUUGAUACGCAAAAGUACACUUUAAUUUUAUUUUUUGCUCAUAAAAUUUUGAUUAAACUUUGAAUAGGAAUGAAAAAAAAAGACUAUAAAAUGGCUGUUAUGAAAGACUUGGAAGAAAUAAUCAGAGUUUUGUUUUAACUAGCGUAUAAUUUAGUACAAUGGUCAACACGUUUUCAUAUAUACAUGUUCGACACCAAAGAUCAAUAUAAAUCUAAGAUGUACAAGUUAUAAAUAAAAGCUGGGUUUAGACGGAUUGAUUUAUCGUGUUCAUUAUUAUUAUUUAACAUGAAAAACAACAUUUAUCUUUCAGAAAUGGGAUUUUAUAUGUAUGUAGGGGAUUGUUGUUUCGAAAUUAUUUGCAGUAUAUUCUGUUGUAUGUCUUUAUACGAUCUAUUUGAACUCACCACAACAAUGUAACCGUAUAGUAGUCCCUAAAUAAAUAGGCCCAAGAUGGCGCCGAAUGAUGUUGUAAAAGACUGAAAGUAUACCGAGACAUAUUUUAGACCUCAGUAGUCAAAUUACAGGGCUACGCGUUAUGACGUGGCUCCAGUGCAAAGACUUCGGUCAUCUAUCAGUGUGAAAUUAUAGCUAAAACAAUAAAAAAAACUGUAAAUUAUCAUUUAUUUGCAGGACUUAUAAUAAGCAAACGUCCUGCAAAAAUGUAAUAAUAAAUGUAAGUAUAUAUCUCAUUAUUUGGUCCUAACAUUAUACUAAAUCAAUAGAUUCAAGAGUAUAAUAAUUACUAAGAACAAAGAUAUUACUAAAAACGACAUAUUUUAGACCUCAGUAGUCAAAUUACAGGGCUACGUGUCAUGACGUGGCUCCAGUGCAGACUUCGGUCAUCUAUCAGUGUGAAAUUAUAGCUAAAAUAAGAAAAAAAACUGUAAAUUAUCAUUUAUUUGCCGGACUUAUAAUAAGCAAACGUCCUACAAAAAUGUAAUAAUAAAUGCAAGUAUAUAUCUCAUUAUUUGGUCCUAACAUUAUACUAAAUCAAUAGAUUCAAGAGUAUAAUAAUUACUAAGAACAAAGAUAUUACUAAAAACGACAUAAUUAAAAAAGACUAUAACAUCAUCAUAUUAACCGAUUACAGACUACAGGGCACGGGUCUCCUCCCACAAUGAGAAAGGGUUAAUGCCAUAGUCCACCUCGCUGGCUGAGUGCGGGUUGGUGGACUAACAUAGCAGCCUUAAUUUUUUUCUACUCUCGAAUCCUUUUAAAAUGUCGAGUCAUUAGAGUUCUUCUCAUGAACAUUGUCUUAAAAUUGUCACUAACGUUACCGCUGUUAAAAAUUAUACCAACAAAAAUUUAAAGAAACUGAAUAAAAGCUAUGAAA